CUGCAUGCAUUCUAUAAUGUCUUGGUUCUUAACCAUAUUAUUCCUUCUCAUUAGUCUAGCAGUUACCACUCCCUCAGAGGCUAACCAUGAGGAGAAGCUUCAAUCUGCUGUUGUUGCAGGCAAAGUCUACUGUGAUACAUGCUUCCAAGACGGGUUCGUGAAAACAAGCCACUUCAUUUCUGGGGCAUCUGUUGGUGUGGAUUGCAAAGAUGGCAGUUCAUCAAAACCUAGCUUUCAAGCACAAGUGAAAACGGAUAACCAAGGAGUGUUCAAAGUCCACUUGCCUUUCUCAGUGAGCAAACAUGUGAAGGAAAUUGAAGGGUGUUCUGUUAAGCUAAUCAGUAGCAGUGAACCGCAUUGUGCUGUGGCCUCAACAGCAGCCUCAUCUUCGCUUCCCCUCAAGUCCACGAAGCUUGGAACACACAUCUUCACGGCUGGAUUAUUUUCCUUCAAGCCCCUAAAGCAAGGCGACCUAUGUGACCGAAAGCUAAAAACCAACAAGCUGUCAUUUUCCUCACGGGUUCAAGAACAAAAGUUGCUCGGACUACCAGGUCUGCCGGGACUCCCUGGUCUUCCAGGACUCCCAGGUCUUCCAGGACUUCCAGGAAUCGGUGCACACCCAGAGAAAAUGGAAACCAAAGCUACUACUUCUAAGGUGGAGAGGCAUCUCAUUGCCCUAGUCCCAGGACUUCCAAGCCACCAGGUUCAAGAAGAAAAGUUACUCGGACUACCAGGUCUGCCGGGACUCCCUGGUCUUCCAGGACUCCCAGGGCUUCCAGGACUUCCAGGAAUUGGUGCACACCCAGAGAAAAUGGAAACCAAAACUACUACUUCUAAGGUGGAGAGGCACCUCAUUGCCCUAGUCCCAGGACUUCCAAGCCACCAGGUUCAAGAAGAAAAGUUACUCGGACUACCAGGUCUGCCGGGACUCCCUGGUCUUCCAGGACUCCCAGGGCUUCCAGGACUUCCAGGAAUUGGUGCACACCCAGAGAAAAUGGAAAACAAAGGAAUUCCAAGCCACCAGGUUCAAGAACAAAAGUUGCUCGGACUACCAGGUCUACCGGGACUCCCUGGUCUUCCAGGACUCCCAGGACUUCCAGGAAUCGGUGCACACCCAGAGAAAAUGGAAACCAAAGCUACUACUUCUAAGGUGGAGAGGCAUCUCAUUGUCCUAGUCCCAGGACUUCCAGGCCACCUAGAGCAAGCUCCAGAGUCCAAUUCUGAAACCAAAACUUUCAAGGUAGGGAGACACCUGACUCAACUAGGACUCCCAGGUCUGCCAGGACUGGGAUUUCCAACUUUACCCCCUUUCCCAGGAAAAGUGACGAAGUCUAAUUCCAAUACCAAAACUACUACUACCUCUUCAGAAACAGAGAGACACCUGACUGAAGAAGAAAAAUUAACCAAUCCAGAGUUUUUCUUCCCACCAAACCCUCUAAAUCCACCAUCAAUUUUGCCUCCAAAUCCUCUUCUGCCGAGCCCACCUCCACUAAUCCCAAACCCAUUUCAGCCUCCACCAGCACCAUUGAUUCCAAGUUUGCCCCCAUUGCCUCAUAUGCCACCACUACCAGGUUUAACUCCACCAUCUCCACCACCACCCUCAUUCCCAACAAUCCCUCCAUUACCUCCAUUCCCAUUCCCACCUGUACCUCUCAUCCCUGGAAUUCCCCCUGCUUCUUCGUCUCCUUGAUCAGUUGCUAUGUAAAAUCAUGUAUAAGAUUAUUAAGAUAUAUAUAUUUUUCGAAUAAUUUAUCUCUUGGCUUUCACAUGUUGGCACCGAGUUUUCUAGGUGUGUAAAUCUUGUACUGUUGUGCAACCGUCGGAGGAUAUAUAUAGUAGGAUUUGUAAGGUUAUGAGUUGUAAGGACAAAGGAGCUUGUAAUGUAGUGGACACAAAAUAAUAUAACUUUCUGUGGCUCCCAUAUAUAUU